AUGCAUAAUGAGAAGGACGGGUUCCCAAUCACGGCUUUACGAGAGAUCAAGCUUCUCAAAAUCCUAUCACACCCAAAUAUUCUACAGCUUCAAGAAAUGGCUGUAGAACGGAGCAGAGGCGAAGGACGAAAGAAACCUUCAAUGUACAUGGUGACUCCUUAUAUGGAACACGACUUGUCCGGGUUGCUAGAGAACCCAGAUGUUCAGUUUUCCGAACCUCAGAUAAAAUGCUACAUGAUACAGCUACUCAAGGGCCUCCAGUAUCUGCACGAGAAUCGAAUUUUGCACAGGGAUAUGAAGGCUGCCAAUCUGUUGAUUAACAAUGCAGGAGUGCUUCAGAUAGCUGACUUUGGGCUUGCGCGACCCUAUGAUGAAGCACCACCAGUUGCUGGUAAAGGAGGCGGAGAAGCGAAGAGGGAAUACACGACACUGGUUGUCACUCGAUGGUAUCGGCCCCCUGAACUUCUUCUCCAACUACGCCGCUACACUACCGCCAUCGAUUUGUGGGGAGCCGGAUGUGUGUUCGGUGAAAUGUUCAAAGGAAAACCUAUUCUUGCUGGAAGCAGUGACCUUAAUCAAGCGCAACUCAUCUUCAAUCUCGUCGGCUCACCCACCGAAGAAAAUAUGCCAGGAUGGAGCGCAUUACCAGGAGCCGAACCAAUCAGAUCGUUUGGUUUCAAACGCCCAACUCUCGCAACCGUUUUCCAGGACCAAGGUCCCGUCGCUAUUUCUCUUCUAACCGAACUUCUGAGGCUCGAUUGGCGCAAAAGAAUAAAUGCCAUCGAUGCACUUAAACACCCAUACUUCACUACCCCCCCUCUACCUGCUCGUCCUGGCGACAUCCCGUCAUUUGAAGAUUCCCAUGAACUCGACAGAAGGAAAUUCCGCGGCCAAAAGGCUGCACUACCCCCAGCACCCGCGGGAGGAAAAGCCGAGUCCCAAUUGCAGCGCGUUCUGGCUAUGGAGGUAACAUGCCCCCAUCCUCCAGACCGCCAUAUGACAGCCGUGGCGGACCUGAUCCAGUUCAUGGUCACAAACGAAAAGCAUCAGGCGAACCACAUGGCCAUCUCGCAGCAUGGCAACGUGAUGCAAACUUACCACCCAAACCUCCCGCUCCAGCUAAUCCUCCGUGGCAGGGUGGUCCUCGUCGGGGCGGAGGGCCCGGUCAAGACCAAAGACGCGAUAGACCGCCACCGCCUCGAGGUGGAGGAGGUAUCAGUGAUGGAGGUAGAGACUCAUCAGGGGGAGAUGGAACGUUACCUCCGCGGAGGGAUAAUAUCGAUCCAGUAUCAAGAGAUCGGUACUGGCGACCCAGCCGAAGCCGGAGCCCAGAGUCAAGGGACCGUAGCCGGACUGGUGAUCCUGGUGCGCUCCCUCAUCAUCUAUAUAGACGUUAACAUUCUCGUUUGGACCGAACGACUUCAUUUUGCUACUCAUUCCACCACCAAAUCAAUACCAGAUAAUCAGGCUUUUGUGUUUUCGAUAUUUGACCCACCUUACCUUUUCUUGAUCUAA